CCCCUAGCUCGCCAUCCGCGCCGCCACUCGACUCCGGGAGCUCGUCCCGGCUGCUCCCCACAGACGCAGCUGCCGCUUGCAGCAUCGGCGAGACGCACGUGCGUUCCCUCGGCCAGCACAUAAACCCACGGAACGGCCGGUCCCGGAGCCAUGUAGGAGGCGGCGGACCACCAGAUAGAUCGGUGGUCCUCGGUGGUCUCAGACUCCGGUGAACCCUAGGAUAUAGGAGAGGCACCAAGACACGCCGUAUGCAAGAUAUCGACCAUUCCGUGUUCCUUGCAUUGUGAACGCGAGGAACUCUACUCUCGGAUGUUGUGAGUUCGUUUCGUAAGCUCCGCGUCAAAAGGACGGUGCACCUGGCUGUACGAAUGUUGCUUCAUCUUCAGUGAAGACAUAGGCAUAUCUGGCUUCAGAGAUCGCAGCUUAUCGUACUCUAUCGCUAUGCGAAACGGACCAUUGUGCUGAUACCCAUUUGAGACAUCGACGCAUUGUAGGACUGGACACGGAAGCCUCUUUUUGAAAUCAACGCCCGAUUUGUGACUCCUCAGAACUCGUGAAACACGGUUUUGAACUUGUACAGUUUGUGAGCGAUGCACUAACGUGUUCUGUGUUGUGAAUUGAUGAAACAAUAGCUGCGGGAUGAUGCGGUAAGAACCGGCCUGGAUUCUCCGUGUUGCUCUCAGCGACGUCGGAACCGAAGACUAUGCUGUUGUUCAAUGUUUCCGGUGUUUCCGGAUGCCUUCGCGUGAAGGCGUGAUUAGGAGGAGCUGGUGAGAGCAUGUCCCGUCGGAAACAGGCACGUCCCAGACACCUGGAGGCCUCCGCCCUCGUGGAGGAGGGCCACGCGCCCAUCAUGCCACCGCCAGCACACUCGCACAUCCUCCACAACGGUGUUGACAUCGAGCCUGAUGCGAAAGAAGGGAACAAGACGGCCGGACUCAAAGAAUCUCUCUUUUUUCUGGCCUGCCUCAGGGAAAAGAGGAAGAACUCGGUAGAGAACGACGCUGCGAUAGACACGCGACAUACAGAUAUCAGCGGAGAAGAUGGCAGUGAAGAUGAGCAUGUAUGUGGUCGCUGCCGUGCUGAGUUUAUGACCCUGGCUGACUUUCUGGAGCACAAAAAGGGUUGCUGCAGUAUUGCAACGGAGAAAAAUCAACUCAACUCGAUGCAGCUGGAAGACAUGGCAACAGAUGGCGCUUCAGACGAUGCAAUAGAGGAAGACUGUAGUUCCUCUGAAGCCGUUGGAACUACAAGGGCCCCUACAGACGCUGCUCAUGCGGCCGCAGGACUCCUACCGGCAACACAUGUAACGCUCGAAGCACUGCAGGGCACAAAAGUUGCAGUGGCGCAAUUUGCAUACGGUACCGGAUCGGCAGCUGAGCUAGCCGCUUUACAAGAAGCACUGGUUGCCCUUCAGCAGCAACAAGUGGUGCAGCUGCAUAUAAUUCAGCAGCUACAGGCCUACGUAAGCAGCAAUGGAGCGCCACUUAACCUAAGCGCUGGCGCCCUCGAGGACCGCACCCCAAAGAGUCCAGAACCGGGUCCUCCAGCCUCGCCUUGCUCGAGCACUUGUGAAACCCCCAAAGGGUCGCAAGCGACGCCGCCGCCGCUGUUAGCACCGACAACCGGAAGCGAGUCGUCAGCGCCCGCAACGGGCCUGGUCACACCACCAGCCACACUACCACCGCCACCUCCAGAUGAACCGAACACGUUAGAGCUCCUUCAGCGGCACACAGAGAAAGCCCUGCAGGAGACAAUGAGUGGUGGUUCCUUCCUGUUGAACGGACUAGGCCCUUCAGAUGCUCUUCGGGUGCGCAGAAAGCCAGACGGAAAACCCGACGACGCCUACUUCCGCCAUAGGUGCCGCUUCUGCGGAAAGGUGUUCGGCAGCGACAGCGCCCUGCAGAUCCACAUAAGGUCGCACACGGGCGAGCGACCGUUCAAGUGCAACGUUUGCGGCAACAGGUUCUCGACUAAGGGGAACCUUAAGGUGCACUUCCAGAGGCACAGGUCCAAGUACCCGCAUGUCAGGAUGAACCCGCACCCCGUGCCGGAGCACUUAGACAAGCAUUUCCCGCCCCUUGAGCCGCCGGGUGACCGCAGUUCGCCGCCUGCUGAUCCUCCGCCGCCGACGUUGUUACCAGCGGUCAGUCGAGCCUUAACUGGACCAUCACUUGGGCUACAGCCCUCACUAUCACGCGCCGAUGACGUGCAGUGUGACGUACCAUCGAAACACCUUCGAAGUGCUUCCCCAACCGAAAAUUCGAACCAGACAAUGGGGCUGUCAGGUGAAGAAUCGUCAGCACUAGAAGACAACGAUGACAAGCCACUGAGCUUGAAGACAGAGAAGGAAGGAGAGGCGGAUGGAGCUUCGCUGGAGUCGAACUCGCCGAAGCCGCCGUCCAGCCCAAUGGAGGAGUGCAAAGACGAUGUCAAGGGCGAAGACUCCAAGGCUGGCCGGGCUUUUGCGCCAUUUCCGGCCUUUUUUCCGCCCUUCUCAAGCUCACUAGCUGUAGCACCAUAUUCCCUGCCGCCGGUGACAAGCGGAGGCUGCACUCCAGGCGUGCCUCCUCCAGCAGCAGGCUCUGAUCAACUCCCCCUACACGCGGACCCAGCUUUUUACCAGGACCUGUUGCCCAAGCCUGGAAGUAACGACAACUCGUGGGAGACCCUGAUGGAGAUCACCCGGACGUCUGAGACAUCCAAGCUCCAGCAACUGGUGGACAACAUCGAGCACAAGCUGAGCGAUCCAAACCAGUGCGUAAUUUGCCACCGCGUGCUGAGCUGCCGAAGUGCACUCCAAAUGCAUUACAGAACGCACACUGGCGAGCGCCCUUUUAAGUGCAAGAUCUGCGGCCGGGCUUUCACCACCAAGGGCAACCUCAAGACACAUAUGGGAGUCCACCGUGUUAAACCCCCCUUAAGGGUGCUGCACAAAUGCCCUGUCUGCCACAAGCAGUUCACAAACUCGCUCGUGCUGCAGCAGCAUGUGCGUAUGCAUGCCCCAGUCGACAUGCAGCCCCGUUUCCAAUCCUUUCCCACGACCGAAGAUAGCAAGCCCCCAGAGCCGAAGCAAGAGCGAGAGUCGCCACCCAUCGCUUCUGGGAGUCCGAGGUCUUCGCCCCCACCAAAUUCCGACGACCGCACAGUAAGUCCCCGACCGACGUCACCAUCACCGCUGCGGCCCCUCAGUCCUGAACGACCGCCGUCGCAGCUAACGUCGCUAGCAGCGCUGGAAAACCAAGUGAAGGGCAUCAACACUUCACUUCAACCACCUAUGCCUCCUUUUGGGCCGUUUGGACUCGGACUUUCAGUAGCGGGUUAUUCCCGUUUUGAGGACCAUGCCCCAUUAUUCUUAGGAAGACCUCCAGAACUAGCACCAAGAGAUAAGUCGCCUGGAGCUGCCUUUUCCCCAUCGCCCAGUAGGGCCAACUCAGAAAUGUCGACCGGUGAUGAAAGGUCCACACCGGGGGGAUCAACUAUCAAAUCAGAGUCGCCGGCAUCUGGCUCUCCUCCUGCUUCAUCUGGAGCACCACUCGACCUCACGCCCCGAACCACAGUGAUGUCAAGGCCAGUAACGACGGUAGCGUCAGACAUGGCGGCGAGGUUGUUUUCGUCGCCCCUGGGCGGGUUGGCUUUCCCUCCUCCGCACCCGGGUCGCCCUAACACGACCUGCCAGAUCUGCUUCAAGACGUUUGCCUGCAACAGUGCUCUUGAGAUCCACUAUCGGAGCCACACCAAAGAGCGACCGUUCAAAUGCACCGUCUGCGAGCGCGGAUUCUCCACCAAGGGCAACCUGAAGCAGCACAUGCUGACACACAAGAUCAGGGAUUUGCCACCGCAGCUCUUCACGACAACGACUACCAGCACUAGUGGUACAACACAUACGUCGUCGGACGGAAGCAAUGGGAACGCGCUACGAAGUCUGGAGCGCCUGCCUCCUUUGUCAGUGGGAAAUGACGACAAAGGAAACAAUGAUCGUCGUCCCGAAGCCCCGAAACGUCCACCGGGUUUACCGAAGCACGUGUGUCACGUUUGCAACAAGCCAUUCUCUAGUUCGAGUUCUCUCCAGAUUCACAUGCGCACUCACACCGGGGACAAGCCCUUCAAGUGUUCUAUCUGCGGGCGAGCGUUCACCACCAAAGGGAACCUCAAAGUGCACAUGGGCACCCAUAUGUGGAAUAAUGGGAGCUCCCGUCGUGGCCGGCGGAUGUCCUUGGAUCUUCCGUCGCUGCCCAGCAUCGGCCCAAAGCCGGGCGAUUUCCCACAUCCACCCCCAGACCUUUUCUAUCCGUAUCUCAGCCCGGGCUACGUGAAUGGCAUGCUGGGACCGAAGAUGAACGAGAUUUCCGUCAUUCAGACGGCCGGCGAACCUCGCGCCGGAGAUGAGGCAGAGCCAAACGGCGCCUGGGGCUGGAAGAUUGCCUGUAACGUGUGUUCCAAGAUCUGCUCUUCAUCCGUGGAGCUUGAGGCACACCUCAAGACUCAUCAGCUCGAGCAGAGGGACGCUGGCAAGGGUCUGUCCCCGAAGCAAGAAGACCUGGUCGCCUAGUCACCUGGUCGCCGCUAGUCACUGCCGGGCGCCGUAAGGACUCCAUUGUAUUUGGCGCCUUGGCUUUCGUUCAAUUAGUUGCUGCCGCCCCCUGUUGUCCUGUAUUUAAGUCCUGGUUUCUGUGAUAGCAGACUUACUUGUUCCUUCCCUGUAGAAACAAAGCAGCGUGAUAUAGCGGAGGAAAACUCCUUGAAAUGCGCAGUUUCAUCGCGCUUCACGUUCUCGAACGAGACUUCAACAGCCAACAUAGGACUGAUGCCGGUGCCCCGGUUAUUACCAGGACGAGUUGCGACAGAAGCGCGAUAACUAAUUUUCCAGAUAGCGGUCUCCUAAGUUAAAGUCAUCAUUUCGAGUUGGUCACUGCAAAAGGUCGCAACGUCUGGUUGAUCGAAACGCGGCAACUUCUCAUCUUUGGUGAACCGUGGGUUCAGGCUGUCAGGUGACAAAAACGCCAAAUAGGAAAGUUUGGUCCACAGUUGGAGUUAUGCCAAGACAAGUGGUACUUGGUAGCGUUAUAUGGUACCCUAGUGAAGCAAAGUGACGUAUUGAACACAUGGUUUGCCCAAAACCAGGCCGUAUUCCCAUCGUGGGGUCCUUGGCGUCCGUGUGCGUAAUGCUUUCCCACACUUUCUGGUCACCAUGUGAGGAAGGACCCGCAUCGCCUCUUAUUUAUGUCACAUAUACCGACGACAAAUUCAUCACUAUUCACCAGCAUUAUUCGUUGCUGUAGCAUCCCGCUCCGACGUCACCUCCAAAGCGAGGAACCCCAAUCCCGCGGGUCGGACUUGCAGAUACUGUAGAUAAUGUUCCGCACUCCCCUAAUUACAAAGAAUUGGGGACCGUUGUACAGUAUCCUACCCGGCUUUACCGCAUUGUCAGUUUUCAUAUACCGUUUGUUCCUCCGUUUACAUUGUGUAACCCCCGAUGUCCUCUGUUUCGGGUUCCUUCCUCGGUUCGCCUUUCAAUCGGCCUAGGACAACUUUUUACUUGGAGUCUACUCUGUCUGCCAACAAAUGGGUGUUCGUAUCAGCGCAAUGCGCAGUAAUUGUUCCGUGAUUAGCCAUCGGCCACUGUGCGUGUGUGCGCGUGUGUGCCUGACAAGUUUUUCACAUUUGCAGUCGGUGAAACCCUAACAUCAUUCUUGAGGUCUUUCGAUGAAGCUUCCCAUGUAAACUAUCUAACGUGAUGACCAUCUUGAGCUGAAUUCUGGCAUUGCUGAAGGCACGUGGGGGCUGAUUCGCGGAAUAGCUUUCUGGCUACCCCCCGGAUAUUGAGAUGACAAUAUACUAACAGUAAGUAGCAGUGACUUUGGAACUAUUGAUUACUUUAAGUGCAUUCUAGACGCUUCAGCCUUCACGCGACAUCAGCAGCGACACGGUUCUGUUGCUAUGGAAACGCAGAAAUAGCGUUAUUGUAAAAUGACAAGAUUCAGUGCAAUGUGCAGAACUUAAAGCCUCACUUCAUGGAUGCCCCAUAUCACACAAUUUGUACAGAGACGGCUUUCUGUGGAGAGCGGCUUUGGGUUCGCACUAACCUGUACGAUGUGUAUGGUUGGUCAGUUGACGAACAAGCAAAGGAGAUAGCUACAAUAUACGAUACGUAUCCAAAAUACACACUCAGAUAGGAAAGUAUGAGCAAGAAAUUCGUUGCUUACGGCUACGGUUACGAGUAAAGUGCAGUCGUAGAAGCAACACAUAACAGGUAGCGUUGCUGAAACGUAAUUGCCGAGCAGUCAUAUUUAAAUAAAUAAAAAAUAAAAAAAGAAGAAGACGUGUUGUUGUCCAUCAGGCAUAUCGAAUUCGAUUGUUCCAGCGCUUAGUCUGAUUCGUGUAAAAAGACUUCACAUCACCAAUAAAUUUUACUCUCCCAAAGUAUGUCGAUUUGACCACAAUACGCACUCGUUCCGUGUACACGUCACUGCCCGGUGACACUUGUAAAGAAAAAAUCCGGUUCAACUGGUAAAAGAGGAUUGAGCCAACGAGAAGUUCAUCAGGCCAGUCAAAAUGAUGUCGUUGAAGCUACUGAAUAUCGGUUCUGUUGUCACGACGUUGUACUAAGAGUUCACACGUUCAUCUGAAGCUCUUCGUAGAUCCUCUGCCGUACUCCAGUGCAUGGUGUCGCGGUGUCCCAUAAAACAGACAAACAAAAAAAGCACCCAAACUUCGAUGAGUUAUAUAUCAUAACACGUGUAACAGCUGUGUGCUAGGCGGCUUCUAAUUCUCUUAUCGGUGCGGACUGAUUACCUCUUAAGUAAAUCGCGUUAUUUUCGAUGUAAAUAGGUAUACAUAUACAUAUAAAUAUAUAUAUAUAUAUAUAUUGAGACGGCUCAACCAGUGUCGUUCGAGAUGCAUUUGCUGAGGUGUAAUUAUUUCUUUGUUUCUCGAACGUUCACUGUUGUCGUCUCGACAACCAGCACGCGAUAAAGUCUAGCGCCUUCUUUUGAUCUGCCGCUACCUCAUUCCAAACGGUAGGGAUAAAAAAAAAGACUCGAUUUUUACCUGUCAUCUUUAUUGUUAUUUCCUAUCACUAUCAUAUUAAAACGUUUAAAAAAAAAAUACCGCCUUUGCGAUCAAGUGCAAUUUUCUGGUAACUUCACAAGGUAGUUCUUGAAUGAACGUUAACUAGCAAAUAAAACGAAUUGUUUCGUGCUAGUACUGCUAGAUUUGUUCAAAGCGUUGUUUCUCCCCAUCUCUUAUUUCUUGAAAGGGACGCAAACAUGUACACAUACUCAACCCUGUCACGUUCGGUGGUGGAGGACGCGGGUGAUACUCAAUCUGUGAUAUGCGUUCUCUGGUCCACCGGGCUUUGACACUUCCCCACAAGUAUUCCUUAUUAUUUCUCUCGUUCAUUGUCACACGCGAGGCAGUAUGCACGGAGAGUAAUUUAUUGCCAAGCGCUCUCUGGCCUUUUUAUUUACUUGCUUUUGGGCGACUUUCGCCGAAGGCGUUAUGACCACACGACACCGGCAUUCCAACUAAAGAGGUACUAGCACCGUGACAGCUCUUUAAACGUUCGGUAAAUCGGGGUCCCGAAUAAUAUUGACGCAAUAUUAAACUUUAUUAUUCAUCGUGACGCCUUUCCGAAACGGCCUUCACGUACAAACGUGAAAAAGUGAGACGGCAUAAUCUUGGCAUCGCUGAAAAAAAAAAAAAAGAAAAAAAAAACAGGUUUCUUUGUGCCGUCUUACAAAGACUAUUUGAACAAGUAAUUGACUCACAAUUUAACCAGCAAGAGAGCUUCACUGAACACACAUCAGAAACUGAACCAUGUAUUCAGAACACGUUUUGUCUUUACCAAAAAUCCAUCAUCGGUUCUAUGGAGAUUUCGCGUUAGUGCCUCUUUAAUAUAAGCAAGCCGCCGUGCAUCCAGCAUGACUACUUUACGUAACAACCGGUAUGGGACACCGUGACGCUCAUCCAGUUACAUCCCUCCCACGUCUAAAAUUCCCCCAAUUUACAUCUGUCUGCUAAAGUUGACAUUGUUUCCCGCGUCGCGUCUGGUGUGUGACUGUGCGUUGUGGUUGUUUGCAAAGAAAAAAAAAUAAAUACACACUCUGUGGUGGGGGUAUUGAUUACAUUGUAGCUCGCUCUCGCGGGUUGUAGCCCGGAGAGUAUUUGUUGUACGCGAUGAAGCCUCGUCCCGAGUGUCCCACCAGCCAUCGGAAGAACGGACACACAACCGGAGAGUACUAUUUUUGUAAGAGUUGUUUUUCCGCUGCCUGUCGGGACGCCUUCUUUGUAUUCCCUUUUUUUUUAAGUUCAUUCUUCCUUGGUGGGUUCGUUGAUUGAUCCAUGGUUAGCAAUGAACCAGCAGAGGUGAGAGAGGGAGUGCCCGUCUGUCACGGGACCCGGACCUGUUGACCCACAAUAAACGGAGAGCAAAACUCA